GUAGGCAGAGCAUCUGUCGGAGCACAUAACUGAUCAGUAUAUGGAAAACUAUUUAUGUUUUGUUCCAAAUUCCUACUUGUUAAUUAUUCAUUUUGUUGUGCGUUUUGUUUUGGUCUUUUUUCGCUUAAAGCAUUUGUGGCAGUGGCAGAAUAAUGUCUACCAAUAAGCGUUAUGUCCGACCAACCAAGGCCAGUAAUCUGCGUGCACUGGCAAACAACUCGAGGGCGGCCUCGAAUGAAUUGGAGACACGCUCCCAGUCGCAGUCGCCCAGCCGUUACAGUGUGUCGCGCAGCAUUUACACGGCCCGCAGCGUUUACUCCAUGCCCACAGAGGGCAGGUUCUCGGCGUCGUAUUUUGUGUCCCUUCACGAGCGCCCAACGAAGCCGGAAAGGCAAGUGUCCAAGUCGCGCACGAAUAGCCCCGCAGAAAGGUCUCGUGCCUUGCCCAAAGCCGAACUGCGCAGCGUCGGCACGCAGUACCAGGAGCUGCAGAGACUUCAAUUCGAAGUUGUUGAAUCAUUGGAACCCGCCGAGUCCAAGCUUGUGACUGAUGACGAGACGAAGAGCGACUCGAGUUGUUUGCCCCAACAUUUGCGUGAGUUGUGCCCCACAUGGCUCUGUGAUCCUCUGACUUUUUGUUUUUUUUUUGCGACAGCGAACGAGUCUGUGCAGGAUCUGAAGGAUCGUUGCCAGGCAGCCGUUGAUUCGGGUUUCAUGAUGCUCUACGAUCACCUGGAGCCCAUCCAGCUGGCCAAGGAUGAGUUCGAGGCGUGCCAUCGGAAGGAGCAGCUGAAAGUGAAGCUGAAGGAGCUGCUGAGCCGCAAUAUGGAGAGAAUUGUAGAGAAUAUCGAUGAGGUGUGUGGGACAGCAGGAGCUGGCGAGCAGCAGGCUUCGCCCAAUAGCCAUCUGUACCGUGACAUUGGCAGGCUGCGGCGGCUGAAGCAGCACAUGGAGGGGCGCUUCCUGCAGCUCAACAAGAAUCACAUUGAGCAGAUGAACAGGCUGAGGGCGGAUCUCGAGGGGAAGCUGCUGGCUGGCGAGAGACACUGGCAGCAGACCCUGGGCGAGCUGCAGGAGCGGCUGCGGCACAGCGAGAACCACAGUAAGGAAACCAAAUGCCAGCUGGCCAUGCAGAAUGCUGCCCUGACGGCCAAAGACAGCGCCAUCGAGUCGGCCAAGGCGGAAAUGGACAAGCUCAGCUCUCGCAACAUGGAGCUGAGUCAACUGGUGAAGGGAUCGGAGGCUGCGCUACUGAGGACACGGCAGGAACUAGAGCGCCUGGAGGGGCAGCUGAACGAGCUUAAGCAGCGUCACAUCCUGCCGGUCGUCGAGGAGAAAGAUCACAUCAUUAGCGACCUGAAGCUGAAGAAUGAGGAACUGCUGCAGCUGAGAGACGUGCACCACGACCAAGAGCAAAAUAUUCUGCGGUUGAGUGCGAAGAACGAUGAGCUGGAUGCGAAGAUCAGUGAGCUGCAAGCGAAGCUCAAAAGCACGAAAGCCCAGCUCAAUGCCAUUGAGCAAAAGGAUGAGCAGCUGCACUGGGAUCUGGAAUCCGUAAGGAAGGAAUUCAACUGCACUCAGGCGCUGGUGAUCAAGUUGCGGGAGCAGGCGAGUCGCGACAGCGAGGCUACAGCCACAUGCAGCCACGAGAUCAACAAACUGAAGAAGACAAUCGAUCAGCUCUACUUGGAGUCCUCUGGCAAGGACUGGCAGAUCAAUCAGCUAAGACAGCAGCUGCUCGCGAAGGAGGAGCAAGUCGGCCAUCUCUUUGAGAAACUGGAUGGUCAGGUGUUGAAGCUCAGUCGCCUGGAGCAGUAUGUAAAAUUGAGCGCGGAAGAGAAUGAUCGCCUGAGGCAGCUACUGGACAGACAGAACGACACCAUCAAGAACCUGCGGGAGUUCAUUGCCAACAACAUUGGCACUUACCUCGAGCCACGGAAUGGCCUGCAGCAGCAGCAGAAUUUGAGCGGCCAUCAGCCACAGCAGCGACAUCAGUAGGCGACGUCCUCAUCCAAGACAGAGACAGAGAAACACUGAAACCAGACAACCAAAUCUC